AUGAAACAUGUCUGUCUCUCUUGCACAGAAGUAGCUGCUGAGAUUGGUUUCUCUGUGGAUCCUGUGGCUAAUGAGGAGAGUUGUGCCUACAGCCGGCUCAGUCUCAGUAUGGAAAGUGAAACGGAAAAGUCACGCGGCCCCACUGGCAGCGGUAGGGAAGAUGAGGGCAGAUCCCCCCAGCACCAGGCCAGCUUUCCUCCCUACCUGUCCUGCAGGGGUUGUGGACAGCUCCGCGACGAGCCCCUCGGACCUGGCAUAGACCUUGUCGGCCCAUACUGCCUUAGAUGUUGUAAAGCCUCCAGGGAAGCCAAAAGUGCAGACUUCUGUUCGUCUUUCGGGAGCAUCAGUGGGAUUCGCCAGGGGUCCCACGCUGGUGCCCAUUCUCAGAUGGAUUGUGAGGGGCUGGGAAACUGUGUGGGUGACAGAACACUGCCAGAGGAGGACAGGUCGCCCAAACAGCACGCGUGUCACGUCUGUGGCUUCUCCUCUCGUUACGCCAACCAUGUGAAGCGUCACAUGAAGACCCACAACGGGGAGAAGCCCUUUAACUGCCCCCUGUGCACGUACGCCUCGGCCCAGCUGGUCAACCUGCAGAGACACCUGCGCAUCCACACGGGGGAAAAACCCUACAAAUGUGACCGCUGUACUUUUGCCUGCAGUUCCCUUGGCAACCUUAAGAGGCACCAGCGGAUGCAUGUGCCCUCUGCAGGGGUCGGACAGGAAACCCCCCCACGACCUACUGUUGGCCAAAACAUUCUGAAGAGGUCUGUGAAUGGCCAAAAGCCUAAUCAAGAGCUGUCUGGUGCUUCAGAGAUUGCAAAGCCAACGUCCAACCUCACUUUGGUAGCUCACAACAGUGACUACUUGUCUGCCUUUGACGGCUUAAAGGGAGCAUCCCCCCCACCCAUUCCUGCCUCGAACCCAGCUCCUGGCCACGCUCCUCCACCGCUGCUGGAGAUGACCGACAGCAGCAGCAGCGGCAGCAGCAGAGCCCCCAGAGGAGGAGCUGUAGCAGAUGGUGGCGCCCUGCCACCCUCACUCUUCCCCUUCACAUGCCGGCUGUGUGGGACCGUCUUAGAAGACGAGGACGGCUCCUCCGCACAGAUUUGUGCCAAGUGUACCCUUGAAAUGCUGACAAAAGACUCCUCCUCGUCUCCCAACAGCCCCGGCGAGCGCAGCGACAAGGUUUACACGUGUGCCGCCUGUCCCUUCCUCACACACUACCCCAACCACUUGGCGCGCCACAUGAAAACACACAGCGGCGAGAAGCCCUACAAGUGCCCCCAGUGCGACUACGCCUCAGCGCACUUCGACAACCUCAAGCGCCACCACAGAGUGCACACGGGAGAAAAACCCUACAAGUGCCAUUUGUGCGAUUACGCCUGCGGGAACUUGGCCAACCUCAAGCGGCACCAGAGGGUGCACUCGGGCGCCAAGCCCUUCCAGUGCGCCGUGUGCAGCUACAGCUGCAACCAGAGCAUGAACCUGAAGCGCCACAUGCUGCGCCACACCGGCGAGAAGCCCUACAAAUGCCAGGAGUGCGGCUACACCACCGGCCACUGGGACAACUACAAAAGGCACCAGAAGAAACACGGCCUGGCCACAGACGGCUGGGUCAAAGUCCCCGUGGCCGGCAGCAAUGGAGCAGGGGGCGCCAGGAAAGGGAUGGGCAGCGGCGCGCACACUCACCGAAAAGAAGCAGGAGUCGAUAUGCAGUACAUGGCGAGGGAGGCGGGUCCGGGGAUACACCCCUGCUAUAAACAUGAGAUUUCAUAA